AUUUGGGGGAGUUCGGCUGGCCUCAGCAGGCUAUCUGGCCAGUUCCUCUGUCUCCUUUCUCGUCCGCGGUAUAAAGAGCCACAUGAAUCACAACUAUGAAAUUCCAGGUACGACGGCUCCGCCUUUAUCUGCGUUCCUGAAAUCUUUAUAUCAUGCGAUCAAAAUUCAUCUACAAGUUUCUUCUCCUGCCACAACUCGUUUCCACACGCACACUCCCCCUUUUGACGAGGGAGCGUGAAGAUGGGAAUGACACCAUCGAAGGGGUAGACAUUACGUACUCCGGCUGCGACGGUAUCAAUCCGAGAACGGGCCAUAAGAUGUCGUGGGACAUCGCGAAUGCGUGGGACGACGCGAUCAAAAUGGCCCAAGCGAUUACGGAAGUUGACAUGGCCAAAGACAUUGGCGCUUUCGAUUUCUUUGGACCUGGCUUUCAGACUGACGGCAAAGGCUAUAAAGUCCUCAGCGUUUACGAUAACAUGGCCACAUUUGGCCGAGCUUUCCUCUGGGGAUGGCGAGUUAACGCUUUCUGCGAGCCUGAGGAUCAGAACCUCUUCGACAUCUGCAAACGCGGAGCCGUCGCCUACCAAUGGGAUACACUCUGUAAGGAUGGUCGCUGUCCUUGCAGUUCGCGCGACGCAAAAGGCAACUGUAACGCCAAAGGCGAUAAAGGGAUUGUUAAGGAUCCUGAUAAGUCGUACAUUAACAUCAUGUUCUGCAAUGGCUUCUUCGCGUACCCGUCCCUAGACGAAGUUAUUAAAUACGGUAAGACGAGCCCGGUUGAAGAGAAGUACAAUUUGAACAGCUAUUGGGACAACCGAGGCAAGAUCCUGUUCCACGAACUGGCACACGGUGCCACGGUCACCUUGAAAGUGAAUGACAACCUGCUAGUCCAGGACAUCUCUAUAAAGAUCAAAAGUUACGUGAGGAAAGAUGAUGGGACCUACAUUGAGGUAUUCAAAUGGGUCACGGCCUAUGGAACGCUGAACAGCAAGGUCUUGGCACGUACUAUCGCCAACCACAACUUCGAUUGGGUGAGAAGGAAUGAUGACAACUGGAGCGCAUAUGCCCUUGCCAAAUACGUCGAGUCGCAAGUCGGUGUGUACCCAGUUCUUCCGCUUGCAGACGGCCAUGCGUAUGACAAGAGCACCGAACCUCCUGAAGAUGCCACGUUCUUAAUCACUUCCGACGGCUGGAUGCUGAACGACGAAACCUUUAAUGGCGACACUAAAUUCAAUACCUCUAUGUAUGCGUCAGUUUCGGGUGAGCCAAACCAGACACUCGAAGAUCUUACAUUCAGGCCCGAUUCGGACUAUCCAGACUGGUACAUCAAGCGUUUGGAGGAUGCGCGGAAGGGGAUUUUCCCUGAGGAUACACCAACAUCAACGCCAACGCCCACUCCGACGCCCACUCCAACACCACCACCACCACCGCCGCCGCCGCCGCCGCCACCGCCGCCAAAAACAAAAGCCCUGUCAAUCAUUCUGCAGAACUAUAUCGAUGAAAUCACGAACGAAAACAAAUGGCUCUUCUUCACUACAGAUGUCGGUGUUUCUGCCCUUUGCCGGGACGACACUGAGGCCAUCUCUCAAGUAACGACGACAGAGGACCCCUCUAUGGUGGACAAUCCGCCCUGGCCAGGGGGCACGUUUCCUCUAGAUCUCUACGGUAUGCACUGCGAGUACAAGAACGAUGGAACCAAUGCGGGGGCACUAUGGUGCCCGGAUGGACCAAUUUCCUGCCAGGAGGACAGUGGGAAAGGGAGCGGGAAGGGGACGCAGUGUAACGAUCCGAUCUUCUGGAACAUACAGCAACAUCCAGUCGCUUUUUGCGAGUGGUAGGAGAUGGGGAACCAGAUGGAGACGCCCUUUCGUGGAGCGGUGCAAACCAUGGCAUUCCAGAUGCGAACAGCUUUUGACGUUCUUUCUAUUCUUGCUUGGCGAGGUUAGCAGAUACAUUGUCUCGUACUUUCUUCGUAAUGAAUCCGUUGAUAGA